CGCCCCCGGCACGGCCUCCUGCGGCCCCGCAACUCCCAAAUGCCGAGUUUUCGCGGGAAAAAAAUCAGAGCAGCUGGCAGCGCGGCGGGCAGCAUUUGCCGAGCGGGCGCUCCGGGUCGCACGCACGUCCGCGCGGGGUCCGGGCCACGCACGCGGCUUCAUAGCUAUCCCCAGCCGGGCCGGGCGCGCAGACAGACAAGCGGUUUGCGGCGACCAGAGAGCGCCGACACCAUGUGGAUCCAGGUUCGGACCAUGGACGGGAGGCAGACCCACACGGUGGACUCGCUGUCCAGGCUGACCAAGGUGGAGGAGCUGAGGCGGAAGAUCCAGGAGCUGUUCCACGUGGAGCCAGGCCUGCAGAGGCUGUUCUACAGGGGCAAACAGAUGGAGGACGGUCAUACCCUCUUCGACUAUGAGGUCCGCCUGAAUGACACCAUCCAGCUCCUGGUCCGCCAGAGCCUCGUGCUCCCCCACAGCGCCAAGGAGCGGGACUCCGAGCUCUCCGACACCGACUCGGGCUGCUGCCUGGGCCAGAGUGAGUCGGACAAGUCCUCCACCCACGGCGAGGCAGCCGCCGAGACUGACAGCAGGCCAGCCGACGAGGACAUGUGGGAUGAGACGGAGUUGGGGCUGUACAAGGUCAACGAGUACGUCGAUGCCCGGGACACGAACAUGGGAGCGUGGUUUGAGGCGCAGGUGGUCAGGGUGACGCGGAAGGCCCCCUCCCGGGACGAACCCUGCAGCUCCACAUCCAGCCCCGCACUGGAGGAGGACGCAGACGUCAUUUACCACGUGAAAUACGACGACUACCCGGAGAACGGCGUGGUCCAGAUGAACUCCAGGGACGUCCGAGCUCGCGCCCGCACCAUCAUCAAGUGGCAGGACCUGGAGGUGGGCCAGGUGGUCAUGCUCAACUACAACCCCGACAACCCCAAGGAGCGGGGCUUCUGGUACGACGCGGAGAUCUCCAGGAAGCGUGAGACCAGGACGGCGCGGGAACUCUACGCCAACGUGGUGCUCGGGGAUGAUUCUCUGAAUGACUGUCGGAUCAUCUUCGUGGACGAAGUCUUCAAGAUUGAGCGUCCGGGUGAAGGGAGCCCUAUGGUUGACAACCCUAUGAGACGGAAGAGCGGGCCGUCCUGCAAGCACUGCAAGGACGACGUGAACAGACUGUGCCGGGUCUGCGCGUGCCACCUGUGCGGGGGCCGGCAGGACCCCGACAAGCAGCUCAUGUGCGAUGAGUGUGACAUGGCCUUCCACAUCUACUGCCUGAACCCGCCCCUCAGCAGUGUUCCCAGCGAGGAUGAGUGGUACUGUCCUGAGUGCCGGAAUGAUGCUAGCGAGGUGGUGCUGGCGGGAGAGCGGCUGAGAGAGAGCAAGAAGAAGGCGAAGAUGGCCUCGGCCACAUCGUCCUCGCAGCGGGACUGGGGCAAGGGCAUGGCCUGUGUGGGCCGCACCAAGGAAUGCACCAUCGUCCCGUCCAACCACUACGGACCCAUCCCGGGGAUCCCCGUGGGCACCAUGUGGCGAUUCCGAGUCCAGGUCAGCGAGUCGGGUGUCCAUCGGCCCCACGUGGCUGGCAUCCAUGGCCGGAGCAACGACGGAGCGUAUUCCCUAGUCCUGGCGGGGGGCUACGAGGAUGACGUGGUGAGUGUGUGCGUGGGAGGCAUGGGGGAGGGUUGCUGUAGUUUUUUGGAUGGUGGUAAAAUACAUACAACAAAAUUUACUGUUCCGCCGGUCCUCUUGUUGCCGGAAAGAUCUCGACCACCACUACCUGUAAGAACAGAUCAGAAACUCACCAACACCAACAGGGCGCUGGCUCUCAACUGCUUUGCUCCCAUCAAUGACCAAGAAGGGGCCGAGGCCAAGGACUGGCGGUCAGGGAAGCCGGUCAGGGUGGUGCGCAAUGUCAAGGGUGGCAAGAACAGCAAGUACGCCCCCGCCGAGGGUAACCGCUACGAUGGCAUCUACAAGGUGGUGAAAUACUGGCCCGAGAAGGGGAAGUCCGGGUUUCUCGUGUGGCGUUACCUCCUGCGGAGGGACGAUGAUGAGCCAGGCCCUUGGACGAAGGAGGGGAAGGACCGGACCAAGAAGCUGGGGCUGACCAUGCAGUAUCCAGAAGGCUACCUGGAAGCCCUGGCCAACCGAGAGCGAGAGAAGGAGAACAGCAAGAGGGAGGAGGAGGAGCAGCAGGAGGGGGGCUUCACGUCCCCCAGGACGGGCAAGGGCAAGUGGAAGCGGAAGUCGACAGGAGGUGGACCGAGCAGGGCCGUGUCCCCGCGCCGGACAGCCAAGAAAAGCAAGGUGGAGCCUUACAGCCUCACGGCCCAGCAGAGCAGCCUCAUCAGAGAGGACAAGAGCAAUGCCAAGCUGUGGAAUGAGGUCCUGGCGUCACUCAAGGACCGGCCGGCGAGCGGCAGCCCGUUCCAGUUGUUCCUGAGUAAAGUGGAGGAGGCGUUCCAGUGUAUCUGCUGUCAGGAGCUGGUGUUCCGGCCCAUCACGACCGUGUGCCAGCACAACGUGUGCAAGGACUGCCUGGACAGAUCGUUCCGGGCACAGGUGUUCAGCUGCCCCGCCUGCCGCUACGACCUGGGCCGGAGCUACACCAUGCAGGUGAACCAGCCUCUGCAGACCGUCCUCAACCAGCUCUUCCCCGGCUACGGCAACGGCCGGUGAUCUCCAAGCACUUCUCGACAGGCGUUUUGCUGAAAAUGUGUCGGAGGGUUCGUUCAUCGGCCCUGAUUUUGUUCUUAGCGGGCUUAACUUAAACAGGUAGUGUUUCCUCUGUUCCCUAAAAAGGUUUGUCUUCCUUUUUUUUUUUUUUUUUUUAUUUUUUAUUUUUCAAAUCUAUACAUUUUCAGGAAUUUAUGUAUUCUGGCUAAAAGUUGGACUUCUCAGUAUUGUGUUUAGUUUUUUGAAAACGUAAAAGCCUACAAUUUCUCGACAAAACAGUGUAAGAUUUUUUAAAGAUGGAAUCAAACUACGUGGCGUGGAGGCUGUUGAUGUUUCUGGUGUCAAGUUCUCAGAAGUUGCUGCCACCAACUCUUGAAGAAGGCGAAGGGAUCAGUCCUUCUCUCGGGUUUGGCCCCCCCAAGGUCAGAGCAAGCAUCUUCCUGACAGCAUUUUGUCAUCUAAAGUCCAGCGAGAUGGUUCCCCGUGGUGGCCCGUGGCAGCCCGUGGCGUGGCGUGGCUCAGCUGUCUGUUGAAGUUGUCGCAAGGAAAAGAGGAAACAUCUCGGGCCCAGUUGAAACCUUUGUCUCAAAGCCAUCCCCCGCCAGACUGCUUAGCAUCUGAGAUCUGCGUGAAAAGUCCUGUGCCCGCAAGAGCAGGGAGUUGGGGCCAUGCAGAAAUGGCCUCAAGGGGACUCUGCUCCACGUGGGCCGAUGUGUGGCUGACGCUGUCCGAUGAAGGCGGCCAUGGACGGAUGCCAGCACACGAAGUCACGCCCAAGUGCCUUUGGUUCGUUCCUUCUUUCUAAAGACGACAUCGUCUUUGUUGUUAGCACUGAAUUAUUGAAAAUGCCAACCAGAUUCUAGAAACUACGGUCAUCCAGUUCUUCCUGACACCGGAUGGGUGCUUGGAAACAGUUUGAGCCUUACAGAUCAUUGAAAUUCAAUUUUUUUAACUCGGCAAGUGAGAACUUACAAGAGGAUUUUUUUGUUUUUGUUUUUGUUUUGUUUUUUUUCUAUGAAUACAUUUUCUAAAUGAAUUUUUUUUGUAGUUACUGUAUAUGUACCAAGAAAGAUAUAACGUUAGAGUUUGGUUGUUGUUUUUGUUUUUGUAUUUUUUUUUGAAAGGUUUUGUUAAUUUUUCUAAUUUUACCAAAGUUUGCAGCCUAUACCUCAAUAGAACAGGGAUAUUUUAAAUCACAUACCUGCAGACAAACUGGAACAAUGUUAUUUUUAAAGGAUUUUUUUUUUUCACCUCCUUAUUGUUAGAUUAUUAAUGUAUUAGGGAAGAAUGAGACAAUUUUGUGUAGGCUUUUUCUAAAGUCCAAUAUUCUUUGUCCAGAUUUUAGAUUCUCAGAAUAAAUGUUUUUCACAGAUAGA